AUGAGAAACUCGUCUUCCCAGGAUGCUUACACAGGCCUUGUUCCACAGCUAUCCGCCCUAGAUGAGUUGAUACCCAAAGCUGGAAUCACAGACACUGGCCAACCAGGCCCAAGCCAAAAUGAUUCAACGCUCGUUCGCCAAACGCCAUACACCGCUGGCUCGCGGUCCACCUGCUCCAAUACCUCGAUCCAGUCCCAAUCAACAAGCACAAAUAGCUCUACAAUAGGAGCAGUGCGACAAGAAGAGGCAAGGCUGAGGUGGAAUGCGGAGGAAGAGCUGAAGCGAGUAUCGAGGAAGCUGCUCCGCCUGCAAAAAUGGGCUCUCAUCAUUGGCUUGACCGUGCUGAACUCCGUCCUUAUCACAACCAGCCUGCUCCUCCCGCAAGCCGUGUACGUCUUUCUUGUUUUCGUGAGCUGCAACACGAUGCUACAAGCCGGAAUGGUUCUCUGCAUCGUCGUCAACGUCGUUUGGACGAGGAUAUUCCGCACAUGGAGGAUAGAAACUCAUGAGGCAAGCACUGCACCGGAAACAAUGGUCCUCCUGCUGCCCUGCUACAACGAAACCAAGGAGGAAAUAUCGCGCUCGCUCGACUCUCUAAUAUCUCAGAGGGGCAUUGAAAAGCAUUCCCGUCUGAUUUUCAUCAUCGUGGAUGGCAAUGUGCGCGGCCCGGGGAUGCGCAAGUCCACGCAUGACUACUUUCUCCAAGAUGUGCUGGAAAGCGGCACGUCGCGGUACUUUGAGAAUGGCUACCGCGCAAGAGAUGGCUUGUUCAUGCCAGUCAACACCCGCGUGGGUAGGUACAAGGGCAUACCUUUUGUCUUUGUGGGCAAGCGGCAUAAUCAGGGCAAGCGAGAUAGUCUGUGCUUCGUCAGGUCCUUUCUUUACCACUUCAAGAAGCGAGCUCACGGCGCUGUGACAAUAUUCAACAGCGAGCUGUUUGCCUAUCUGGGCAACUGCUUGUUGGAAAGCGGCCUGUCGGAAGUAGAUUACCUGGUGGGUAUGGAUGCCGACACCAGUUUUGACGAGUUUUGCAUCGCCCAGAUGGUGCAGGCCAUUCGCAAGAACCCCAAGCUCGUCGGCGUCUGCGGCCACGUCUGCGUUGAUUUCGGCAACCACAACUUUGGCUUGUGGUCGCUCUACCAAUCGGUCGAAUACUCCCAGACCCAGGGUCUGCGGAGAAUGUUCCAGUCACGAAUCACUGGCAAGGUCAACUGUCUGCCCGGAUGCUGCCAACUAAUCAAGGUCGAUGAAGCCACCUUUGGGGAUGUUGUUCUGAGAGAGAAAUUCGGCUACUGUCCCAAGCCAAACGACGUCAUGACGCAGCAGAUUAUGGGAAACUACUCCGAGGACAGCAUCCAUGCAUCCAUCAUAUUCAGCCUGUUCCCUGGCAAGCAGACUGCCCAGGCCUUGCGUUCCAAGGCUUUUACUAGUGUGCCUCAGACGUGGAAGGUCUUCUUGUCGCAGCGGAAACGGUGGGCAUUGGGGAGCAUCUCCAACGAGUUCGUCAUGAUCUUCCGGCCGGGCAUUAUCCUCGUCGAGCGUCUGCAGAGCAUCGUUGCCGUCAUGACCUGGGCUAUUACGCCAUUUAUCAUGUCGGCUGUAGGGCAGCUUAUCGCCAUGUUUGUCAGAAAGGGCGCGGAAAUGUUUCAGGACAAGGUCUUUCUGGGGCUGAUGAGCGCACUGUGGGUUAGAUAUCUUUACUCGUUCUGUAUUGGGUUUUGGUUGCCUCGGAAUAAUCUCGAGCGGUUGCAGUACUUCAUGGGAUUCUUUCUGCAUUUAUUUAUGUCACCGUUUAUCAACAUUGCCAUACUGCUCUACUCUUUGCUCAACGCCGACGAUUUCAAGUGGGGAAAGACCCGAGAGGUCGUCCUGGCUGAUGAUGAAAAAGGCCAUGUUUGCUUGGCCACGAUAGCUACAGGUGUUUGA